AUGCUCAUCGUCCCCAAUGAACUACACCCGCACAACAUCGAGCCGAGGGGGGGGCCACCCGCAAAUGUGGUGACGGCCGAGUACGCGGCAGGAGUCAUGAACUUGGAAGACGUCUUCUUCUGGGACCAGAUGAUCAUCGGCUAUUUCGAGGCUCCCGGUCAAACCUGGGACUGGAUAAAGUGCAGAGGCGAGCGCAUCAUGGAGACGCUCGGUCUCGUGUUUCUGGACUUGAGCACCUCCACCCUACGAUGGAUCGAAAACUCCGAAAGAAAGUACCGGGUCAAGAUUCGCUUCGUCGACGCACACAAGUCGAAGGACAUCUUGGCCGCGUUGAGACAACAGGGAUUCAAGAUAUGGUACUGCCCGUGGACCUUGUGGACGUCCCUGCGAUUCAGAUCCAAGUCCCUGCCCCUCACGAGGAUGUUUCCGGAUAGGUUCCCGCUGCCUUCGGAAUGCCUGGGCCCGGCUGCGAAUCGGACUUCGAGUUGGUCUACGACUCAAUCAUCAAGGGGCAGUAUAGAAACCUUACGGGGGUCGGACAGGAUAUCGGGCAGGCCCAAUUAG